AUGGCACCCAUUCGUGCGGCUGUCUUUGCGACGCUGCUCAUGAACGAUGCCUACCUACCAGGCGCCAUGGUCCUGGGCCAUUCCUUGAAAGAUAAAGGUGCCAAAGCUCCCUUGGUGGCUUUUAUUCUGGUAGACAGAUUGUCCUCCGAUACCAUCACUGAGCUUCGGACCGUCUACGAUGAAAUCGUACCUAUCCAGGAGAUCAAAAACAAAAAUCCUGCGAACCUCUACCUCAUGAAUCGAGCCGAUUUAAUAUCCACCUUCACAAAGAUCGAGUUGUGGCGGCAAACUCAGUUCAAGAGGAUAGUGUACUUGGACGCCGACAUGGUGGUGAUCAGAGCUCCGAACGAGCUUCUCACUCUGGACACAAACUUUGCUGCAGUACCGGAUAUCGGCUGGCCCGAUUUGUUCAACAGUGGUAUGAUGGUGCUGAAUCCCAACAUGGCUGAUUACUACUCUCUUUAUGCAUUGGCGCAAAGGGGGAUCAGUUUCGAUGGAGCUGAUCAAGGUCUCCUCAACAUGCACUUUCGCGAGUGGGAGAGAUUGAGUUUUGUGUACAAUUGCACACCAAGCGGCCAUUAUCAAUAUAUCCCUGCCUACCGACACUUCUCCAGCAGUAUUGCUGCGGUGCACUUCAUCGGCAAAGACAAGCCGUGGACGUUGGGUAGAGACAACAAGCUUAAUACAGGCGUCUACGGUGAGCUAUUGGGGAUGUGGUGGUCUGUAUACGACAGGCAUUAUCGGCCAAAGACGGCCACUUACUACGACGCCCAAACUUUUGAUUCUUCCAAAAAGGUCCAAGACUACGUGCGUGGAGAGGAACCUUUGUAUGUGGUAGGCUAUUCAAGCGGCCAGUCAGGACCGGGCCCGAUUCCGCAGCCUCAGCACGAAUACCACCAUCCUUCAGAGCAACAUCACCAGCAUCCCCAUCAUCACGGACACCAGCAGGGGCAACAGCACCACCACGAACAGCAUCAGCAGGAACAGCAUAACCAGCACCACCAUCCUGCGGCGUCCGAGCAUACUGGGCAAAUCCCCUUACCUCCAGAGAUUCAGCUAUCUCAUUCUCAAUCGGGUCAAACAACCUCUGUUGAGUUGCCGUUGGGCGACGCUCCUACUCCCAAAGCCCCAUCCGACUUUCAUCCCGUUCCCACCGUCGAGCAGAGGCGAUUCUCAGCACCCCAUGCUGAAUGGGAUCCCGCACGAGAGCCUCCACCUGCGCACUCGAAACCAGAAGCUGCCAACUUUCCAACCACCAUCUACGACAUGUCAAGCGAAACCGCGCUCUUCCAACCACCUGCACACUACCCGGAAGCGCCAAAGGAUAUGUGGUACCAGGUACCCGAAAAGGUCCCCGAGCCCGAGAAACCGAAACCGAUCUUCCCCUGGGAAACCAGAGCACCGAAACCGACACGAGUAUUCCCUCAACCGAGGCAGCCUAGUCCACCCCCUGCUGCGCCGGAACCAGCACCUGUCGUCCCGGAGGAAGUGACAACUCCUUCAGUAACGACUGACGCCACUGGAGCGACGGAAGAAAGCGUACUCACACCACCUGCAGCACCAGUUGACCUUUGGGCGUCGUUCCAGCAAAGGACUAAUGCAUGGGAUGACAUGCCUGAAAUAGAGCGCUACGUGCAAUCCAUCAGUCAACCUCGAAAAGGCAAAAUACAAGUCCUGUAUAACACUCUUGGACAGCGCUCCCCUCAAAAUACCAGCGGCGCGACCACCCCCACAGCGAGAGAGCGACGACGCCCGAGCAUCAAACUGACUGACUUUCCCACCAAGGACGAGCGCCCGAGCUUACCCGUGACCCCCGCGCCGAUACGACGACCUACGUUUUGGGGUGACGAAAAGGAGGAAGAAGGGAGCUUGCCGACCGCAGAAGGAGUACCAAAACAAGAAGAAUGGGUGCGUCGAUUCUCCCACUACCCUCAACCUGAGUUUCCUGCUUCUCAUCCCCCAUCGCAUGAUGCGCGUCGUGUUUUGCAUUGGAGAUGCCAAUAUUGUGGGAAACAGAACCCUAUCACAAAGUUAGAACAGUUGCAGUUGAUGCAGAGUGAGGCGUUGUUGUCGCCCACGGGGACUCGAGAAUUGGGACAGUUGGCAGAGCCCCCUACAAGAAAGAUGCCAGAGAGCUCGACUAAGGAAGAGGUGGAGAAGGCGGUAAUCUCACAUAUAUCACCUACAAAGGUGCCAAAGGCACCCAAACCUAUCUUGAAGCCCCCUCACUUUGAAUUGGGUCAGGAUAUUGUGGGGCCAGAGGAAACCCCAACAAGAGGUGGUCAACAGGAUGAAGAUUCGUCUGAAGUUGUGCAAGCAGCCCAAGCGAAAGAGGAAUCGGUUGACCCAUUGUCCAGGCCAGAUGCUGAUGAAGAGGGGGCGCCUCCGGAGCGCGAAGCAAGAGGUGUUGUGGCCCCCACGACAGCAUGA